AUGCGACUACUCAGUGCGAAAAUUACGGAGCCCCUUCAGCUAGAGGAAUUUCUUCAAAACAAUACCCCCACCUACGCUAUUCUUUCUCACAGAUGGGAGGAAGAUGAAGUGACAUUUGAAUACAUAAAAAAGGAGGCAUUUAAUCAGAAGAAAGGUUUUGCAAAACUUGAUGGAUGUCGCAAAAAAGCUAUGCAAGAUGGAUACGAUUGGAUCUGGCAUGAUCUUGCACAGGAAAUGACAAAAAUUACAAAUAUCCCUAAAUCUAUUAUACUAGGGAAGUAUCCGACCCAUUGCAACGUUGCUCAGCGAAUGUCAUGGGCUUCCAAACGACAAACUACUCGAGAAGAAGAUAUGGCAUACUGCUUGAUGGGACUAUUUGACGGGUUUGUUGAUGGUCCAUUAGUUGAUGUGCAAUCUAAUUUUGGGUCUAAUGGCCUAGAAUUACAACUUCUUUCCUACGGCAGCGAUCAAGUCUUGAACACCAACGAACCACCCAAAAAGAUUGUCGUGGUCCUCGAUGUCUUCGUCCAGUUAUCUUACUUUCACACCAGCAUCUCCUUGGUACUAGAGCGGGACACGGACCGAGAUACCGGAUUUAUUUUAGAUCGAUUGGGAACUAUGCAACGACUAAUUUGCACGGAAAAGGGUUCCAUACCUCUACUAGGCAUCACUGUGCCCUCAAAAAGGAAAUUAAUUUCAAUUUCUCAGAUACCUGUAUCAGCGCCUGGUAGCCCUGCCAAGUUCAGAUUUAGUGUCCCAUUUCCUGAAAUAGUCUCGAAAGAAAGCGUGAUUUGGCAAGCGGCAGACUCGGAAAGCCUCCUAUGUUCUUCAACUGAGACCUUUGAGUGCAUCGGGGGUGUCGUUUUGAUUAAUCAUGUAUGCCCAAAAAGGGAUAAAGUCGAAAAUCUAAUCCUGGCAUUUGGAACUCGAGGAAAACUUUCACCCGUAUGGACCACUUUAAUGGAAGUUGAUGCUAACGAUGUAACUGAUCCAUCUGUCAAGGAGGGCUAUGGCACAGUGAACCUUCUAAAUUCUAGAGACUAUGAACGAGCAGACUUUUUCUUGGAUGAUUGCAAGCAUACAAUAUGUGUGGAUAUUCAUUAUGGUCCAACUGACAAUUGUCAUGUCAUCCAUGUAGAAGAAACUUUGGGGCAUCUGUAUCGAGACCAUAGUUCAACCGCUGAAGCAUCGAGUGAGGGCGUCUGA